AUGUCUGAGUUGGAUAGCAAACUAGCAGUUGCUGUCACUGAAAAACGGAUCUUUGAUGUAGCUAAAGCACUGAGAGAUGGAGCUAGCCCUGAUGCCGUGUACAAGGGAAAGGGAAUGAUCCAUAUUGCUGCAGAGAAGAAUUAUUAUGUUAUUCUCAAACUGUUGAUACUUCAUAAUGUGUCAUUGGAGAAGACUAUGAGCACAGAUACAGAAGACGAUCUGACAGCUUUACAUGUGGCAGUAAUUCAUGAUCAUAGGGAUAUUGUCUGUCUUCUCACAAAGGCUGGAGCAGAUCUGAAUAAAGAGACUAAAAAUGGUCAAACCCCUUUGGACAUUGCAAGGGAAAAGGAUCACUGUGUUCAUCAUCUUGAGAAUAUUGAAAACCUGCAUGGAGAAAAGGGUAUAAUAGUUACACAUUGUGCUAUAUCUUUACAGUUUAAUAAUGUAGCCAGUGGAAAAGUACCUUAUGGAAUAUCUGAUAUUGACAUUACUUUAUUCCGUGACAGUGAUCAAAAGACACUGGUACACAUUGCUGCUGAAAAAGGAUUAAAUGGCAGUUAUUUUGAUCAGUUUUUACUGGAAGACGAAACUAUGCUAUGUCUGAAAGACAAAAAUGAAUGGACUCCACUGCAUUUAGCAGCUUCUAAUGGUCAUGUAAAUACUGUUAGAUUUUUGCUUAGAACAGGAGCUGAAUUAUCACCAUCAGUUAUUGAGAUUGCUCAUGAGUCAGUUGUCCCUUACUUAAAGAAUCAUGCUACUGAAUUACUUAAAGAGGCUGCUUUCGACUUAAAUCUUGAUGGUGUCAAACAAGCACUUGCUAAUGGUGCCAAUGGUUCACCUUGUCUCUUAGAAGCUGUGUCUGAACAUAAUAGGGCAGUGACAUCUUUAUUAAUAGAAGCUGGUGUUGAUCCUAAUCAAGUAGAUAAAAGUUUUCUUAUGUCACAAGCCAUGAAGUCAUUAUUAGACAAGGUUGAUUCAAGUAUUCUCAACAAAAAUGGCAAGACUGCACUGGAUCUGGCUCUUGCUAGAAGGAGUACUGAUGCAGUAUUAGUAUUCUUAGAAGCUGGAUGGAGAGACUAUGAUAAUGAGAAGUUUCAGAUAUUAGCACUACAUUAUGCGUCAAAGCAGGGUCUGAUGAAUGAUGUUAGUAUCCUUAUUUCUAAAGGUGUCCCUGUCAAUGUCAAGGAUAAGUUUGACAAGACUGCUCUUCAUCUUUCAUGUGAAAGAGGACACUCUGAUGUUGCUAAUGCAUUGAUUAAAGCAAAAGCUGAUGUUAAUUGUCAAGACAAGAGUGGGAAGACACCGGUUCAUUAUGCAGCUGAAAAUGGACACAAGAAUAUUAUUAAAAUACUCAUUGACAAUGGAUGUGACUUAAAUAUUAAGGACAAAACUGGCAGAAUGCCAAUGAAUUCCUGUUAUGCUAAUGAUUGGACUGAAGCUUUACAACUGAUACAAACAAGUGGUGGGGAAUUUAAUUAUGAUAUGCUAAUAUUGGAUUCUGCAGCAAAAAAUGAUGUAGAAAUGUUUGAGUUAGCACUGUCUAAGACAAGUGAUAUCAACUGCAAGAAUAUUGUGAGUAUAAAGUACUUGUAUGCAUAA